AUCCAGUCCAGACAAAGGAGGCAACAAUUGGGUGAGAUUAAAGUAAGCAAUAACUUAACAAAUUGAGGGAAGUCUUUGACUUUGUGGCGAGGAGUCAUCAAAUCAAUCGAUGGCUAUCUUUCUCUCGAACUACUCCCUCGCUCCUCCUCUUCGCCUUUCUACUUUCUUCUCUUCUUCAAAACCCUCCAAAACCACCCUAGCUUUUCAAUCUCUCCAUCACAGACCUCUCUUCAAACCCAUUUUAGGGUUUCCUCCUAUCAACACCGCCAGGCCUUCCUUUAACGCUUUCUUCACGAUAAAUGGCAAGGAGGGUUUUCAGGAUGAUGUAGAAGUAUCUGGAAGUGAAGUGGGUAAGAAACAUCUUUCCGAUGUGAAGAAGCUUAUUGAGGCCUACAAGGAGGCCAUUAUUGAUGGAGAUGAGAAGACUAUGUCUGUUAUUGAAGCUAGAAUAUGCGUCAUAGAAAAUGUCAAGAAUGAAUUGUUACAAAAAGUUUCAGCUUUAUCGGCUGAGAUAACCUCUGGGAAGGAGAAACACAUCCGCCUGCAAGCUGAUUUUGAUAAUUUUAGGAAAAGAAUGGAGAAAGAGAGGUCGACGAUAAGGUCUGAUGCCCAGGGAGAAGUGAUUGAGGGCCUUUUGCUAAUGGUGGACAGUUUUGAGAGUGCCAAGCAACAAAUAAAGCCGGAAACAGAAAAAGAAAAAAAGAUAGACUCUAGUUAUCAGGGUAUAUACAAACAAUUUGUUGAGAUUAUGAGGAGCAUGCAAGUGGCCGCAGUGCCAACAGUAGGAAAACCUUUUGAUCCUUCGUUGCAUGAAGCAAUUGCACGGGAGGAAUCUGAGGAGUUCAAGGAAGGGAUUGUAAUUCAAGAAGUCCGCCGUGGGUUUCUUAUUGGGAAUCGGCUUCUUAGACCAGCAACAGUUAAAGUUUCUGCAGGGCCUGGUCGUAAGAAAGCCCCUGUGCCUUCUCAGAAAUCUGCUGGGCAACAUGCAGCGGCCGCUAGUAGAGAUGAACAAUAGUUUUUGUUUCACAAGAUUUAGUUUUCUAAAGGGAGAUUGCUUCGCAGUCAUGAGUUGAAGCUUUUGUUGUUCAAUAUUUAUUAUCUCUUAUAUAUUUUUUGUCUGCUAAGGCGGAUGUAAUUUCUUGGUCCUUAGCAAAGUUGUAUAUUGGAGUUUAUCUGUGAACAUUCACAUUAAUCCAUUUUUUAAAUGCUCAAAAUUUUAAUU